AUCAGUAUCCCAUGCAUGGCGAUCUCAGGACAGAGCAGAACUGUAUAAAAGGCAGAAGCAUCUCGUAGCACCUCAAUCCAGUUCUUCCCUAGAGGUCUGUUCCAGUGCCUGAGCCAGUUUUACCCAGCUCCUUUUGAGAUGUCCUGCCAGCAGAGUCAGCAACAGAGCCAGCCUCCUCCCAAGUGCAAGACCCCAAAGUGUCCUCCAGCCUCGUCCUGCUGUAGCCUGGGUUCUGGGGGCUGCUGUGGCUCCAGCUCCGGGGGAUGCUGCAGCUCUGGGGGUGGUGGCUGCUGCCUGAGCCACCACAGGUCCCGAUUCUCUCUCCGACGCAGACGUCACAGCUCUGGAUGCUGUAGUGGUGGCAGCAGCAGCAGGUGCUGUGGCAGCAGCGGUGGCGGCAGCUGCUGUGGCAGCAGCUGCUGUGGCAGUAGCGGUGGCGGCAGCAGCUGCUGUGGCGGCAGUAGCAGCAGCAGCGGUGGCGGCAGCAGCAGCGGCGGCGGCAGCAGCUGUGGCAGUAGCGGUGGCGGCAGCAGCAGCCAUGGCAGUAGUGGUGGCAGCAGCAGCUGCUGUGGCGGUAGUGGCGGCGGCAGCAGUGGUGGCAGCAGCCAGCAGCAGUCUGGGGGCUCUAGCUGCUGCUCUGGAGGUUGCUGCUGACCUGAGGAAGAAGAAAAUAGAAAGCAGCACUGGCCGAAGUCCUGGCAGCCAGAAUGUCUCCUCUCCGCUGCUUUUCCUGCAGAAAUAUUUCUAGAACUCUCUGUCUGCUCUUCUUCAUCCCCACAAAGCUCAUCUACCACGAGGCCUUGAGGUCUCACCUCUGACAUUCAUUGGCUUUGCUUUUUCUCUAAGACACAACUGUCUGUGGAUAAGAUGUUGAAAAAUCAGCUCUGAAGCUCUUUCCUGGGUAAUAAUAAAGCUUUUGAUUCCUGA